AAGUCAGUUAGCACACACUGCAUUCUUCAAAUAAGCUCAUUUCCCUCUUUCUCUUUUUUGUUAAAAAUUCGUCGUAAAUAGUCUGGUUUGUUGCGGAAAAUAUAUAAAUAUAAUGGGGGAAGCUGUUGAGUUCUUGCAGUAUUCAAAUGGGUUCGGGCAUCAUAAGAUUGAUGAGGGAUUGUUGAUGAUUAAUCGCGAAGCUUAUCCGCAGAUUAGUCAUGAUUCUUGGUUUGAGGAGGAGAUUGACGUUGAUCUUAAAUGGUCGUUUGCUUUGAACAGUGUGCUGCACAGAGGAAGAAGUGAGUACCAGGACAUAGUUCUUCUGGAUACGAAGCGAUUUGGGAAGGUAUUGGUGCUUGAUGGUAAGAUGCAAAGUGCAGAGAUUGAUGAGUUUAUUUAUCAUGAGUGCUUGAUCCAUCCUUCUCUGUUAUGUCACCCUAAUCCUAAGAGCAUGUUCAUUAUGGGAGGUGGUGAAGGUUCUGCUGUUAGAGAAGCACUUAAGCACAAAUCAAUUGAAAAAGUAGUCAUGUGUGAUAUUGAUGAGGAAGUUGUUGAUUUCUGCCGGAGACAUUUGAGCGCAAACAAGGAAGCUUUCUCCAGCAGCAAACUUGAUCUUGUGAUUAAUGAUGCCAAGGUUGGGCUAGAGGAAAGGAAAGAAAAAUUUGAUAUUAUAGUGGGAGACUUAGCAGAUCCUGUUGAAGGAGGGCCUUGUUAUCAGCUCUACACAAAGUCUUUCUAUGAGAAAAUUCUGAAACCUAAGCUCAACCACAGUGGCAUUUUUGUUACUCAGGCUGGACCUGCUGGAGUGUUCACCCACAAGGAGGUCUUCUCAUCUAUUUACAACACAAUCAGACAGGUCUUCAAAUAUGUGGUGGUGUACACAGCUCAUGUGCCAUCUUUUGCAGAUACAUGGGGGUGGGUUAUGGCCUCGGAUCAGCCAAUAUGUGUUGAUGCUGUGAACAUAGACAAGAAAAUUCAAGAAAGAAUCGAUGGAGAACUAGACUACUUAAAUGGUGCUAUGCUCUAUUCGUCUACCAUCCUAAAUAAGACCAUUUCUCAAACGCUGAAAAACGAAACUCAUGUUUACACGGAGGAGAAUGCAAGAUUCAUCCCUGGUCAUGGAGUGGCCUAUCGCAUUUGAAAGCAGGAGUCUGGUUUUCGGACAACUGAUGCUCAGAGAUCUGGGGACAAGAAGUUAUUUCAAUGAAGUGUCUAUAGAGUUUCAUGGAACAAGUAAAAUGUAUCUAGAACAAUGUUAGAAGCAUAUGGUUUUAGGUUGCAGUGAUUGUGCUCGGGGCUUUGCUAGCUUGUUUAAUACAAUUGAAUCUUACACGAAAAACAUUUCCAUGUAAUGUCAUGAAAUCAAGUUAUUUGUCUC